AAUGAUGGUCUAAGAGAUUACGCUCAACUCCCAAUUAUUAUAAAUUAUGAUGGAAAACAUCCCGAAAAAAUUAAGAUCAAUCGAUUUAAUAAAAUGUCUAAAAUAUCUAUAUCUGAAGAAAGUGCAAUAAGAACAGAAAUACGAAAGAAAAUAGAUGACAAGACCGGUCCACUUUUUAUACGCCUAGCUUUUCAUACCUUAGCAAGUUUUGAUCGGAGUUUGAAGACCAUUGCCCUGAACUUUGAUAACCCGAGAAAUAUACGUCUAAAAGAUGCGACAAAAUUGUUGAGUAGUGUAGAGAAAAAUCAUAAAGAGGUUUCUAAAUGUGACUUGUGGUCUCUUGCUGGUGUGAUUGCCGUUGAAGUUUUGGGUGGUCCGAAAAUCCCAUGGAAAUUUGGUCGUAAGGAUGGUACUAUAAGUGAAGAAGAUAUUCCCGGAAUCAGCCUUAAUCCGGAUGUCAUUCGUAAAGAAUUUAAACCAUUAGGAUUUACUGACCGUGAUAUAGUAGCUUUCAUAGGAGCCCAUACUGUCGGUCGUUCUGCUGGUGGCAAAUGGACUGAAUCAAAUAAUCGAUUUACCAAUCAAUUUUCUCAAUUGAAAGGCCAAUACAACAUAUUAUACACACAAGAAUCAUUAGAGCCAAGUUUUUCAACAGCACAAUUAACAUUCUCAGCUAAUGACCCUGGAAAUUUGUCUUUCUCUGUCAUUGAACUAUUACUUUUACUAAGAUCUACACAAACCGCAAUGAUUUAUCCUGGAUCUAUCGAGGGCACUAAUGAACAACCGAAUCUUGGAAAUUUUAUUAUUAAACGGGUUGCUGAAGUUGAAAAGUCACUAACAGGGGAUUGGCGUGGAUAUUACUUUUACAUAAUUAAUGACGAAAGUGAUCGAAUGUUAAUUAAUUUGAACUUUACCGGGAUGGGUCUGGCUCAGAUGGAGUUGAAAGGUUUGAAAUAA